GAAGAAGAGCAACGGCGGCCCCGAGAGAGGUUUGUCGGAAAGAGGGAAGUUUGCAGAGGAAAGGAGGUGCAAAAAGAGGUGGAGGACGCACAUGCAUGAAACACAGUCACUGAGUCUCACUCUUACUCACUUACACUCACACACACAGCAAAUAACACAGGCUAAGCCAAAAAAGUGACCAAAUAUCUUUCCAUUCCACCUCCUUCCUGUCCCCACCAGAUUGCGUCUCCACCUUCCCCAUGCUUAUCAUGUGCAUCUCCCAUCGCUAACACAACACAACACAACCUUUCUCUCUCACUAACCAACCAUGUUGCCCUGCGAUUACUGUCACACCAAACCCGCCUUACUCUUCUGCCGACCCGACUCUGCCAAACUCUGUCUCCUCUGCGACCACCACGUCCACACCGCUAACGCUCUCUCCCUAAAGCACGUCCGCUUCCAGAUUUGCGACACCUGCAACACCGACACCGCCACCGUCCGCUGCUCUGCCCACAAUCUCAUCCUCUGCCACGCCUGCGACCUCGACGCUCACGCCCACGCCCCGGCCUCCCUCCACCACCGCCACCGCCUCCUUGGCCUCUCUGGCUGCCCCUCCCUCCACCAGAUUGCCACCGCCCUUGGCCUUGAUCUCCGCCUGCGCCACGCCAACUGCCGCGACGAGGUCUACCAGCAGGUCCUCGAAGUCGCGCGCACCAGGAACGAGAACGAGUUUGCGCGUUCCGAGACUGAGGAAUUCAGGUUGGAGUCUGAAAAUGACGUCGUCGACGAGAUGUUGCUGCAGCAGACGCCGUUCACGUCCUUGCUCGGGAUGCCUGAUUCCCAAUCUGAAUUCGAUGCCGCCAAAACUAACGAUAACGGUUACGGAGCCCAAGUUGGAGAUCUUCUCUGGAAUUUUGAUCCCAACUAUCAGCCUCCUCAGGUGUGGGAUUUUGAAUUACAGAAAUCAAGAGGUUGUGAUGAACCAGGAGUGGUGACAUUUGAUGGUCUAGAAGUUCCAAAAUCAUUUCAGGAUGUGCACAAUAUGAAUUACUCGACCACUGGUGAUGAUAUUCUAUCAAGAAAUAACCAAUCGGAUCAGUCAUCAUCAAGCCACGCAAAGAAGAAAGAAGAAAGCAACAAGAAAGCCAGAGGUGGGUUAUCAUCAGAGUCCAAAUUGUUAGAAUCAAUACCGUAUAGUGACACAAACAAUGUGGUAGUCAUGGAGCAUCUUGUGGGUGGGAAUGCAAAUGUUAGCACCUUAAAAGCCAGGGUUAGCGUGGAAGAGUUGGCUAAGAAUAGAGGUAAUGCAAUGUUACGCUACAAGGAAAAGAAGAAAUCUCGAAGGUACGAUAAACACAUUCGCUAUGAAUCAAGAAAGGCCAGGGCUGAUACCAGAAAGAGGGUGAGAGGGAGAUUUGUGAAGGCAAGUGAUGUUCAAGCAGGAUGAGUGCCUUUUCAGAAACCUCAUCCUAGUUCAAUGCUAUUGUGUGUAUACAUAAGUUACACUAUCAGAGAAAUAUGGAUAUAUUCUAAUUUUCAUAAACUCCCUGAGCAUUGAUUGGUUGAUUGAUUUGAAUCAUUUUUGGUAGAUGUUUUAUUUCAA